AAUGAGAUUUGGUGACCAACGUUUUCAUUCCAACACACCUAUUUUUUUUUCUAACAAAAUAGUAUUUUCUCUUUAUCUACUCCCUCAUAGAGAAAACAUCAAACAUGGGUCUUGCUUCUUCUCAGCCCAUUGUCUUGGAUUCUCAUCAACAACUUGAAUAUAUUUUGUUGUAGGAUUGGCAUAUUGAAAAGGGUUUAAAGGAUUUUAAGGAACAAAGUGUGAAAGUAAUUAUUAGUUUUAAUGGAUUGGGAUUGGAAAGAAUUUGUUUGGGAUCCAUCUGGGUUAGAGAUAGGUAAUAGUGAUUUAGAAGAGAGGAAAACUGAAGGAACUUUAGUUGAUUUGAGGCUUGGUGCUGAAGCUUCUGAUUCAAGGGAAAAAUCAGUUCAAGAUACAUCAAAAGAAGACUCGAAAGCCGUGUCAUCGCCUUCUGGAUCAUCGAAAAGAUUGCGGUUGCAAAACGGAUUGCAGAAUAUGAUUUGCUCGGUCGAUGGAUGCAAAGCAGAUCUUAGUGAUUGUAGAGAGUAUCAUAAGAGGCAUAGGGUGUGUGAAAAGCACUCUAAGGCUCCUGUUGUGUUGGUUGGAGGCAAGCAGCAGAGAUUUUGUCAACAAUGCAGCAGGUUUCAUUCACUUGGAGAGUUUGAUGAGGUUAAGAGGAGUUGCCGGAAAAGACUUGAUGGACAUAAUAGGCGUCGGAGGAAACCUCAGCCGCCUUCUCUUUUCAUGGCUGCUGAGAAAUUCAUGUACAAUUACAAAGGUCCUAGAAUCCUACACUUUGGUAGCCCUCAAACAUAUGUGAAUCCUAUAAUGAGAAACAUUUGGCCUGCCACUGCCAUAACCGAAGCUGAAUCUGGUUACGAUCAUCACCGACUUUUGUACAGAAUUGACAAAAGUCGAAAAGAUAAGGGACAUCCUUUUCGUCAAGAAAUCGUCCCUAAACCAGGCAACGGUAACGAAUCAGUGCCUGAAACUCCUAUCUAUCAUCCAAUUCGCAGUGCGCCUGUUGCCACAUCAGCAUGCGGAAAAGGCGGUAGUAGGAAGCUCUCUUCUGAUAGCAAACCCGGAUCUUUCGACUCAGGUUGUGCUCUCUAUCUUCUGUCAACACUUCAAACACAAAGUUCAGAGUUAAGUUUGAUGCAGUCAAGCAUCAACAGUCCAACACAAUCUUCAUCUGGAGGGAUGAACUUCGAUGCCGUGAACGAGUACUCAUACUCGGGAAAGGCGAAAGAUAAGACAAAUGGUUCGGUUUUCGUUCUUGAUGCAAACACAACAAACCUUCAUUGCAAUGGGAUGCUGCAAAUGGGGCAAAAUGGUUUGGUGGAAAAUGAAAACUCACUCACACUUCCAUUUUUUUGGGAGUAAGGUGUAGCUGAGUUGUUUGGAAAUUUAUGGAAUUUGUUGGUCUUCAAAACAUUAUGUGUAUUGCACUAAUGAAAUUUUAGACUUGUUGAAUUUUUCGGUAAGGAUAUUAUAUUGUAUCAGUUGUGAUGAAAAUCAAUUUGAACAGUUCAAAAGUUGUUUUCA